CAUCAGAGGCCACAUAGCGGCUCGUUCACCUCACAGGAGAAGCCGGCUGAGGAGGUGGGGACGGAGUCACCCUUCCAUGAGUUCUCCAAGUUCAGCGGAGACCUUGGCCUAAAACUGGAACAUCAGUUGGCUGAUGCUGCUGUGGGAAGAACUCACCAAGGGCCACACCUCAGUGCCAAGACUCCUGGGAAAUGGUGUCCUGUCCGGGCAGGAGUGACAGCUCGAGACUGUGGCAGGGUCCAGGACGCCCAGCCCCUCGUGGACGCCCGCGCCCCACGGAGCCUCAGCCACCUCCACCUGAAACUCAAGAAGCUGAAGCUGGAGGGGGAACGGCUUGCCAUCAUCGACAGGGACAACCGCCUGCUGCUGGAGAAGUUGUCCUGCAUCCUGAGGACCAGGGGACAGACUGAGAGCAGAAACAACUGCACCCAGAAGAGUGGUCAUUUGGAAAUGCAGAAACGUGCCUCACAUCCAUUCUGUGGCUCCCCAUUGCCUUCAAGUCUAAACAGGGGGAAAAGAGAACAGGAACUCCACAGAGUGCAAGGAGAAAACAAAACCGUUCUGGAAAGGACCAGAAACCCAGAGCCAUCAUCACACAGAACCCAGAGGGGGCAGGAGACCGGGACAGGCUGGCAGGUACCCGGACGCUGGCACAGGGUGUCCUGGGAGACUGCAGAAAAGCACAAGGACAAGGACAUUUUAGUCUAUUGUCUGCAACCAUUUGCCAAAUGGUCCUACCCUAAAAAUAGAUGACGUGGAACAAUGACUCAACUGAUGAAUUCAUCCAUUUCCUCACGCAAAAAAUUACAGGGAAAUGAAAACGAACUCAGCUGAUUGACCAUAGGUCGAGAGAGAGAGAUUUGGUGAAAAAUAAUAACUUAGCAGGAUAGUACGCAUGAAAUAUCACUAGGAAAUCGUGGGACAGCCCUGAAUCAGCUGGGGCACACUGUGUCCAGAGAGGCAAAGAAAAUUAAUAAUUUGCAAAAGUUUGUCAGAUAAUUUAAAAUCUAAAUUCUCUCUCUUCAUCUUAUUCUUGUUGCUGGCAAAACCAUAAUUUUGAAUGAAAAAAAUAAGAUUUUAAUUUUGUCAUUAAUUAUCCUGCUUAUUAAUGUUCCAAUGAAUCAAAUUAAAGAAUUGUAAAAUCUUCACUUGCUCCCCUUACCUGUAUAUAUAGCCACUAUGUUGUGGGUCAUUUCAGCAGAUUUCUUUCCUUUGAAGUCUAGUCCAUUGUAAGAAAUUGCAUAAACACCAAAGUUUAAAUAAGCACCCUCAGCCCCAAACCCCUGCCCCUGAGCAUGCCCUAGGCCCCACGGGCCCUCAGCCCAAUGCCCUCCUUCGAGGGACCCUGCUCCUUUAGGGAGCUGCUGGCCUCACAGGCAUCUGCGUAUGCAAUGGUUGGGAUGUUGAGAAGCCCCAGCUUGCCUGCCUGCUUGCCUUGGACAUUUCUUACAGAAUCUCGAGAACAGCGGCAACAAGCACCUUUUCCAAAGAUGCAUAACUAAUAAUUACUAAUACGGAGGCAUUCAGAAAAUCUAAUUUAUUUUUCAGUUUACAUUGAAACCUCGAGUAUUUCAUUUCAAAUCUUUAUUUUUUUUAAAGAUUUUAUUUAUUUAAGAGAGAGUGAGAGAUCAUGAGCAGGGGGAGGGGUAGAGAGAGAAGCAGUCUCCCUGCUGAGCAAGGAGCCUGAUGUGGGACUCGAUCCCAGGAUCCUGAGAUCAUGACCUGAGCCAAAGGCAGACACUUCACUGAGCCACCCAGGCACCCCUUAAAUCUUUAUUCUUAAUUACAAUACUUAUGUUUGUUUAUUGCGAAAAAUGAAACAUCAAACAGUAAAGUGUGUAAGUAAAAUGUGGGGAUUCUCUUGGACUGAACUCCUUAGAAGUAAUCACUAUUAACUUGCUAGUGAGCAUUGACUUUUAUUCAUUAUGUAUAUAUAUUUGUUUAUCUAAACAAAAAUGGGAUCACACUCUAUUCAGUUUUCUGUGAAUUGCUCAU